CACCUCGCUUUCUCUCUCUGUCGGUCUUUCUCUCUGUCUUCCUCUCUCGGGCUCUCACUCACUCUGUUUAUCUCACUCUCUCUGUUUCUCUCACUCUCUCUCUCUGUUUCUCUCACUCUCUCUCUCUGUUUCUCUCACUCUCUCUCUCUGUUUCUCUCACUCUCUCUCUCUGUUUCUCUCACUCUCUCUCUCUGUUUCUCUCACUCUCUCUCUCUGUUUCUCUCACUCUCUCCCUCUGUUUCUCUCACUCUCUCUCUCUGUUUCUCACUCUCUCUCUCUGUUUCUCUCACUCUCUCUCUCCACAGUAACAUAGCCGAGGCGUUGGUCAGUAAAGGUUUUGCCACGGUCAUCCGCUACAGACAGGAUGAUGACCAGCGCUCAUCCCACUACGACGAGCUACUGGCUGCAGAGGCACGGGCAAUCAAGAACGGGAAAGGGCUGCAUAGCAAGAAGGAGGUCCCCAUCCACAGAGUGGCUGAUAUCUCUGGGGAAACACAGAAGGCCAAGCAGUUCCUGCCUUUCCUCCAGAGAGCGGGCCGCUCAGAGGCAGUGGUAGAAUACGUGUUCAGUGGCUCCCGCCUCAAACUCUACAUGCCCAAAGAGACCUGCCUCAUCACCUUCCUCCUCGCCGGUAUCGAGUGUCCGCGCGGCUCCAGGAACAUGCCCGGCGGCAUGCAGGUGGCUGAGCCCUUCAGCGACGAGGCCAUGGCCUUCACCAAGGAGCUGGUACUACAGAGAGAGGUGGAGGUGGAAGUAGAGAGUAUGGACAAGGCUGGUAACUUCAUUGGCUGGCUUCACAUCGAGGGGGUCAACCUGUCGGUGGCGCUGGUGGAGAACGCCCUAUCAAAGGUCCACUUCACGGCCGAGCGUAGCUCCUACUACAAGACCCUGGUAUCCGGAGAGGAGGCCUCUCGUCUCAGGAAAGACAAGAUCUGGGCCAACUAUGAGGAGAAGAAGGUGGAGGAGGUGGUGCACGUGAUGGAGGAGAAAGAGCGCACAGCCAACUACAGAGCUGUAUAUGUCACCGAGAUCACGGACACCAUGCACUUCUACACCCAGGACGUGGAGACAGGCACCCAGCUGGAGAACCUGAUGGAGACCAUGAGGGCAGAGAUCGCCGCCCAGCCCCCAGUGGAGGGCUCGUACGCUGCCCGCCGAGGGGACUACUGCAUCGCCAAUUUCUCCGCCGACGGAGAGUGGUACAGAGCCCGGGUGGAGAAAGUUCAAUCACCAGCAAAGGUCCAUGUGUUCUACAUCGACUAUGGCAAUAGGGAGAUAGUGCCGUCCACGCGCCUGGCUGUCAUUCCCCCGGCCUUCAGCACUCGGACCCUGGCUGCACAAGCCACUGAGUACACCUUCGCCUACAUCCAGGUCCCACAAGACGAGGAUGCGCGUGCUGACGUGGUGGACAGCCUGGUGCGGGACAUCCAGAACACCCAGUGUCUCCUCAACGUGGAGCACAGCGGCGUCACCUGCCCCCACGUCACACUGCAGUUCGCCGACUCCAAGGACGACGUGGGCCUCAGCCUGGUCAAGGAGGGCAUGGUCAUGGUGGACGUGCGGAAAGAGAAGCACCUGCAGAAAAUGGUGACGGAGUAUCUCAACGGUCAGGAGUCUGCCAAGACUGCCAGGCUCAACAUCUGGCGCUACGGAGACUUCCGUGACGACGACGCAGACGAGUUUGGCUACAAACUAAAAAAAUGAAAAGCGCAUGGCGCCAUUCCAAAGACCAACGCGGAAGACGAGAUGCACUCAUUGGACGAGAAAAAGUGACAGAAAACGAUUCAACGAAAAUAAAACAAAGUAAAGGACAAGCAUUGUCUCUCUCUCUUCCUUUUAUUCCAUGUUCAUCCUCCUGGUCCUCUCUCCUGCUACUCUGCGCAUCCCUUCCUCAUCCUCAUCCUCCUCCUCCCUCCUGACUCUGAAAGAGCACGCUAAAGCUAUGAACUCAUAAAAACAGUGACUGUCCAAUCCUUCCUCUUCUCCACCCUUCCUGAGCCACUACCAGUUGUUUUUAUCAUGUCCCCCCCCUGCUGCAGAGCUCCGUUAAUUGCCAUGUCAUCCUUUCCUGGUUAGUGAUGUCAUACGCCCACACUAAUCAUGCGCAUCGCUACCUUACCCUAUCCCUACCACAGCCAAUCCCUCCUAUCCGUUGUACAGGAAAGGGGCUAGGCCUUGAGAAGAGGAUCCAUUCACUUUUAUUAUUAACAGCUUUGACAGGAAAUGAAUAAUGCUAUGUUUUAUGAAGUUCAUUUUAAAAAGCUAGCUCGAGAUUCACACCAACCGGACAAGGUUAUUUCUGUCCUUGAUGUAUACCUAUGUGAUAUGACAUUUAAUGACGUUUAUGUUGGGAGUGUUUUAUUCUCGUCUUUCUUCUUCUCUCUCUCUCGUGGCCAGAACACCUUGACAAACAGCAUUUUCUCAUCUUCCUCCUCCCUCUUUCUGUAAUGUUUACAUAUGAUGGUGACAUGAUGAUCUCUCUCUCUGUCUCUGUCUCUGUCUCUCUCUCUCUGUCUCUGUAUGCCGUAGCAGAAACAGUGUUUGAAUUUGUUUCCUUAUGACAGCCCUUGUCGUUGUAUUAAAAAAUUCUGCUGAAUAAAAAUGAGCAAAUGAUUAAAAAGAA